AUGCUCUCUAGUACUCAGAUGGAGAAGCUGAAUUCGCAAGAAAGGGAGCAACUCUAUACGUCAUUGGCCGACAUUUACAUACAGCUCAGACGACUGGAAUUUCAUUCCAUUGGCAGACUUGAGCAGACGCAAACCUUGACUGGGUUCCAAGUUGGUCAAAAGGCAGCUACAAUCGACAUCAACAUGCAACAAUUAGAGGGCUUGGAUCCGUUUGCCGUUCAGGAUGCGCACUCUGACGACCGUGGUUGCAUGCAGUCGGCUACCGCUUACGCAAAUAUGUUACUAGACAUUGGCUACAACGCAUUUUUUAAAAGCCGAAACGCCGUCGAGCACGCCAAACAAUGGAUUGACCCGACGCUGGAUAAUGGCCCGUUUGUGCUGGUCCACGGUGAUCUCCAUCCAUCGAAUUUAAUGGUCAACGACAAGAUGCGCAUCAUUGGUGUUCUUGACUGGGAAUGGAGCCGCGUUGUCCCAGUCCAGUUUUUCGUUCCGCCCCUCUGGAUCAGCGGCAGGACUACAGUCGAAUUAGCUGGACACAACACGUGGCAACUCUUUCUUAUAACGUCAUUCAAGGAAUUCCUCUCCGUGACUGAAUCCCGGGAGCUAUACAUGUUUGGCAAUACAUUGCUUUCUCGUGAGUGGGCAGAACGGUCCACGCGCGCAGAGCCACUAGUUGCCAACGCUCUAGAAAACUGGACAGACUUGGAUUGGUUCGCGUAUCGAUACCUGAGCCGUGCAGACAAAGAGGCGGCGAAGGAAUCCAUUAAGACCUUUAUAGAUGAAGAUCCGCUACGGAGGCUGGUUGCGGAGAUGAAGGAGCGGGAUGCAAGCGCCUAUCAUAAAGAGUUUGCCAAGGUGAUGGAUACAGGGAUCCCUCCGAAGAAACAACCUGUGUUGUUGAUCUUUCUUGGACAGCUUUCCAGGGUCUUGCACGCUGGCCCAAAUACCGCCAUCAUUGCAUGUGUGGGUGUCCCGAUCAUGUUGUCCCUCAUAUGGAGAAGACCGUGGUCUAGCCCCAGCCGUCCAGUGUUAUGA